AUGGAGUGGGGAGGUGAAUACACUCUUGAAUCUUCCAACUUGGAUUGCUUAUUAAACAUACUUCCUGGAGAUCUGGAAUUUCAUCAGAUACUUGGAGACAUUGAUGAGAAAAUAAAGAAAAAUGCUUCUAGCAUGGAACAGUGUCUUAAGGAGCUACAAUCAGAAAUAAAUGAAACUUGUUCAGACGAAGUGCUACAGGAUACAACUGACUGUCUUCAGUGGUUAAAUAACUGCAGUUUCAGCUCAGUUAAACCUUGUUCUACACCUCAUGGAGAAUUGGUCAAGUUUCUUCAAGCUCUGCAAAAUUUACUGAAGAAUGAACAAAACCAAGAAGAAAUCAUUCUUCACUUCCUUCUGGAUCUCUCCAGUCAGUGUGGUGUCCUAUUUCCCUGUACCCCAAGUGGAUCAUCUUUUGAGUUUACGUCCAAUAUUUCCCUUCAUGGCAUUGAAGAUGAUUCAGCAAUGGAUGUUCAUUGUAUUUGGGAUGAUGUAAGACUACAUCUUCGGCGCUUCUUAGUAAACCAACUGCAAAGUCACCAUGAAACAAAAAUUGGUACUUUACAACAGCAAUUACAAUUUAAAACUCAGUGCCUACAACAACUUUUAUUUCUUUAUCCUGAGUCAGAAGUUAUAGCCAAGUAUCAAAACAUGCAGAAUAAAUUGGUUAGUGAUCUUCUGCAGAAAUAUGUUCUAGAAAGCAAUGGAGAAGCAAGCUUAGAAAAGGUGGUCAAUGGUUAUGAAAGUUCCAUUCCUACUUUGUGUGCAAUGAUAAAAGAAGAUUUGUAUAUACUAGGUGGAUUGAUUGAUCCCUCUUCCACACUGAAGUUUAUUAAUGAAUCUUAUUUGGAUACCAUCACAGAAGAAAUUACCAUUCUCCUUGAAAAACUUUGUGAACUUCAGUUCAAGCAAAAUGCAUUAUAUGGUGUUAAGACAAGCAAGAGCUCAAAGAAACAGAAAGAAGUAGCCCAAGACUGGGUGUCUCAGGAAUAUCCUAGAGAAGGGAGAAACUUUAGUUUAACAAUAAAUCAACUGCGAUGCCUCUCCCAACUUGUAAAACUGUUUUUGGUGAUGGAAGAAAAGAUUGAAGAGCUUGUUUCACCAUGUUUUUCUGACAACAAAAAUGUUCAAGGAGUUCUGAAGAAAGCUGGUGGAGAUCUUUUAAUAGGGGAGAGUAGAACAAAUGGAGCCAGUGUGCUUCCUGAACAGUUACUUCAGAUAAAAGAGUCUACCUUAUUAGCUUUUGGCUGGAGAAAUGCGUUUAAAGAUCUGUCCUCUUCAGUGGCAUACUGUAUAACAAUUGCUGUUGAAGAUUUUUCCACUAAAAUUCUUCAAAAUGAGCAGAAAGAACAGUCCUCAUCUUUCAACUGUGUGAUAAAUCUUGUAAACGUACAAUGCAUGGAGAAAUCUCAGGGAGUUCUUCAUGAGAAAGAGCAACCAAAACAAAUUUUAAAGUUUUGUUCUGACAUCCUGGAAGAACUUGACACAUUGCUACCACUGGCUCUGGCAUGCAGAGAUGAAUCUCUUCAGGAAAUUAGAGCCAACUUUGUAGAGGCUUCCUGCAAAGUAGCAACAGCUGUCCUGGAAAGGUUGGAGGAGAGAAGUAAACACAUCCCUUCCAGAGCUCCACUGCAGAACUUGUAUGCUGUUCUCUCCACCUCAGUGCAUGUCUGUCAGCAUUUUAAGAUGUAUCAUAAUUUAAUGAAAGAGAAGAGUAAGAAGCCUUUAUUCCUGGUGCCUCUCCAGCGAUAUCAGGAAUUGAUCAGUGUUCUGCAAUUUCAAGUUAAAAACUACUGCAUCAGAGUUUGUGCUACAAGCAUUUUACAGGAUGCUGAGAGUCACUAUUGGGAUGACUACAAAGCUUUUUAUGAGGGGGAAAGAUGCUCAUUCUCAGUCCAGAUGUGGCAUUAUUUCUGCUGUGCUCUUCGUCAUGAUCUAUGGACUGUUCUACCCCCUGUGUUAGCCCAGGAAAUUCUAUCAGAAGUGCUAGAGGAAUCUUUGGCAAUCUUGACUUGCAGAUAUUUUCAGGCCCAGCCCAGCUACAAAAGAACUUCACAGAUAAGAAUAGAUUGUACAGCAAUUCUGAUGACCUGUGAAAACAUGCUGUGGUCAGUCUGUAGCUCUGUGCAAGAACUCUUGAGCCCACAUAAAGACAAAAAUCCUCGCAUUUAUAAAAUACACAAGUAUUGCAAUGAUCUUCUUAUAGCAGCUGUCAUUUUAACUGCCCCAGUGAAAAAUCUUUAUGAAACAUUUCAGAGUAGUUUUAAUGAUCCCAUUCCUUCACUUGUUUUGGAACCUCCUGUUAGCCAACCAUUACACUGGUUAUACGGAAUAACAGAAUUUUCCCCUUCAUUUCUUAAGACUCCAUCAGCCAGAGAAAUGGCAGCUUGGGGUCAAUUGAAACUGCUCUUAUCCCAACCGUAUUGUAAUUGGAACUUGCUUUUGGAAACACUGCUACAUCAUGAUUGUCUCUUAGUAAAAAUUUUGCUGAGAAGUUCCAAAUCAGAAUUGUUUGAAUGUGGAGAACAAAGUACUUGCCCUGAUGAGAAAAAAACCAACAAUCCAAGUUUAACUGAAGCAAUAUUUACAGUACUGUCUUAUUGCACUUUAUCUCCCACAUCACUUGGUGUUGUUCUUGAAAACUUCAUGGAAAAAGAGAAGAUGUGGGAUUGUUUGCACAACAUGUCAGUUUCUAGUUGUGCUGAAUCAGAACCGGAGGUAAUGAGAUGUUUGAAGCUGAUUCUGAUGAAUUCAGUUAAGGGUAUAGUGAAGCAGAUAAUUUCUUUGAUGCAUUCAUGGGAAGCAACAGAGAACUAUGGAACCUAUCAACACAAGCAAAUAGUUCCUGAAAGUUUGUUGAAGACUGUUCCAAAGGAAUGGAAUUAUACCCCUAGAGAAAUGAAGAGAAAAGAAUCUGGGAAAUGCUUCACAAGGCUUGCUGCUCAGGCAGUUUCUAUUGUAAUCAGCAAGCUACCUACGGUGAUUGCAUGUUUGCCUCCUCCAAUUAAGUAUUUCUUUUUUCUGUCUGAGAGAAAAAUGCCAAAAACUUGCAUUGAAUCAAAAAAAGCUGGUCUUCUUGUCUGGAUCCUGAUUGUAAUUAUAUGUCGGAUAUUUGAGGAUGGAAACACCACAGAACUUUUAAUCGGUACAACACUUGACAGAUGGAGCAAAGAGAAGCUUAGUUUGGUUCGUGUAUGUUUGGAAAGCAUUAUGGGGAAAAAGAAAAGUAGCCCUAAACAAGUGACACAGAAGAUUAUAUGGAGCAUUGAACAGCAAAGACCAAACUGGAUUGAAAACCAGUUACUAAGGGCAAGAAAACUAAGCAUAGACUGUACUGUUACUGCAGCAGAAGAUGAUAGAAGCUCAAAAGUGGAAGCUAUUGAGCUUGAAUUGACUGAGCAGAAAAUAAACAUGAUGGUCCUGGAUAUCUGCCACAAACCAGGUGGCAGUGAAUACCUGAGGCAAAUUUAUCACAUCAUCCAGCUCAAUGAGGAAUAUUUGAAUGAACAGCUGUCUUGUGAGGAUUCUUCUGAAGAAAACAUUGCAAACAUUAGACCUUUGAAUCUCACACUAAGGAACAAAGAACAAGACCCUGUUUUUGACCCUUUCCAUGUUCAUUACUGGUAUUGCACUAAUGUCUUAGAAAAGUCCACCAUUAUUGAGUGGAAAUGGGAUUGGUCAGAUUUUCUGCCAAGUUAUCCUGGACUAAAUAAAAUGACCUUGAAGAUGCUACUGAUGCACAGCCACAGCAGUAAGGCAUUGGUUGAAGACUCUACAGUAUUAUCAGCAUUGGUUGAAGACUCUACAGCUGGGUGUUAUCAGCAUGUUGAUGACAGCCUAUCCCAAAUGAUUUCUCCUAAGGGCUUUACAUAG